AUGAAGUAUUUGAAGAAUGAGCCUCGUCGUGUUACUGCUGUGUGUGCUAAGAAGGAAUCAAAUGGCUGUGAGUGGAAUGUGCAUGCUGUUAAGUCCAAUGUAAAUGGAUUUUUCUACAUUAAGAAUUUAAAUAAUGUACACAGUUGUAGUGGUUUGAUCCGUGAGAAGAGAAAUAAGGCAAUGGGGUCUCGUUUGGUGUCUUCAAUUGUCAAAGAUAAAGUUCGUAGCAAUCCUUUGGUAAGGCCUAUUGAGCUAAUUACUGAUUUGAAAGAAAAUUAUGGAUUGGAUGUCCCUUAUCAUGUUGCGUGGUAUGGGAAGGAGUCAGCUACUAAGGAUUUACAUGGUGAUGAGGAGUUGUCUUAUGCUCACCUGCCUUGGUAUGUUGAUGUUUUGAAGGCCAGCAAUGUCGGGUCUCAUUGUGUGCUUGACUGUGGCGAGGAUGGUUCUCGUUUCCAGCGGAUCUUUAUAUGUUAUAAGGCCUCCAUUGAUGGUUUUCGAUGGUGUAGGCCUAUGCUGUUUAUUGAUGGUACUUUCGUUACAAACAAGUACAAGGGUACUCUUCUAGGAGCUACUGCAAAGAAUGGGAAUAAAGUUUUACUCUGCUUCAUGUGGUGGUUUCUGCCAAGGAUAUCUGAAGUUUUGGUGGAUGAAGGUAGGCAACUUACAUUCAUUUCUGAUAGGCAUGGUGCUAUUAUCGAUGCUGUUAGGACUGUUUUUCCUGCUUCUGCCCAUGGUUUUUGUCUAUAUCAUUUGAAAGAGAACUUGAAAAAGAAGUAUCCGCAUUCUGUUGGUUCCUCUUUCAAGGAUCAUAUUUUAUGGCUUUUUUGUAAGUUGUUGUAUGCACCGACUGUUGAGGAAUAUCAAGAUAUUUUGAAAAAAUUAAGAGAUGAUGGCGGUUCAAAAAUAAUUGAUAAGUUUUUGGCUGAUCUCCCUGUCCAAAAUUUUGCUAAUGCAUUUUUUCCGGGAAAGAGGUAUGGGGAGGUUAGUAAUGCCUUGUCCGAGUCGUUUAAUUCAUGGGUUAAGGAUGUGCGUAGGCUUCCAAUUUAUGAGAUGAUUGACACUAUUAGGGUCAAAAUGAUGGAGAUGAUUUCUAGGAGGAAGCUUGCAUCCGAGAAAUGGUGUAGUGUUUUGUGUCCGGUUAUUGAGGAUGAGUUGAAGAAUUUAGCUGCAAAGGGUCGUCAUUGGAGGAUAUGUCGCGCGAGUGAAUCUAUAUUUGAAGUUCAUGCUGAUUUGAGUGUUAUGGUCAAUUUGGACGAGAGGUUUUGCUCCUGUUAUCAGUGGCAAUUGCUUGGGUUUCCGUGUCAGCAUGCGAUUCAAGUUAUCCAACAUUCCGGGUUAUGUUUGUAUAACUUUGUUGAUGAGUAUUACAAGGCAGACUUUUAUAGGGCUACUUAUGCAACCCCUAUAUUUCCUAUACCUGAUAUUGAGAAGCCUCCUGCUGGAGAUGUUUUUCUUCUACCUCCGCAUACAAGAAAGCCUCCGGGACGACCUCCGACAAAUCGCUUCAAGUUAAGCAGUGAAACUACAAGGCAGUUGAAGUGCAAGAGAUGCGGUUCUUGUGAUCGUCAUAAUAGGAGGACUUGCAAGGCUCCUAUUUGA